AUGAACUCUGUUUUCCUGGGCAUGAUGAAAGCUCACAAUAUCCCUGUCAACAAGAACAUUGUCAUCACCGAAGUUUUCGCGGCCGUGGGUGCUGUGGUGGAUAUUUUGGGAUUGUUCAAAUCCUGCGUGGUAUUGGGUUCGGACGAGUACCUGUCGAACCUGCCCCUCCUAUGCGCGGGUGUCGUCCUUCGCGCCGUGGAAAUUUUUAUCAUGGGAUGCUGCAUCUUUAUCGCGGUGGUAUACAAGGCCGGUGCUGGAGACUGCGACAGCUACGCUGAUACACCAUUCGGCGAUAUCAAAGGUGAAGAUGGAUUGACAGGCGUUGGGACCUCGUGUCGAAUGCAGGCGGCCACAUUUGCCGUGUCAAUCAUUGCAGCGUAA